AUGGAUAAGAUUAAUGAAGUUGAAAAGGCUGAUAUUGUGGAGAUUAGGGGGUUGUUAUAUAAGUAUGACAAAAUAAUAGAAUGGAGGAUUACAAACAAGAAUAAGGUAGUAUAUCAAUUGGCAAGUGAAACUUACAUCGACUUGUCAAAAUUGACAGGAAAGGUAGAUGUCAUCGAUGUACAAAAGAAGUAUCUUAACCCUGAGAUCUUGAACUUACUGAUAUGUAGAAAGUUCAUGUUAAGAUCUCAGGGUUCGGAUUCGAUCAUUUCUAUUGCGCAUAAGGAUUCAGAUUGCAGGAAGAAGGUUACUCAAUCAGGUUCCAUUAAAUCAGAUAAUUUGCAGCAAAAGAAUGAUAAGCAGCAAGCAGUUAAGGAAACAAAGGAGAGUAAAGGUAAAUCAUCUUUGAAAGCUCCUUCUCAGAGCAGAGGGAAAGCAAAGAAAAUAAAAUUUGUCCUUCCCAAACCCACUCCGAAGUGGCAGCCGGGGUUAAAAAAGCCAGUGGAAUCAGUUGAUAAGGAUACAUCCUCAUCAGGCCUUAUGACGUUGAAAUCGCCUCCAACAGUCCAUGGAGUAUUCAAAUGUUCCUGA